UGGAAAUUGCUAGUGGCGGGGAAUUGCGGCGCUUGUUCGGCGAUGGCGGAGGAGGAGCCGGAUCGGGGCUCGGAGGCGGGCAGCGAGGAAGUGGUGCUGACCCCGGCCCAGCUCAUCCGCAGCCUGGAGCAGGCCUGGAUGAAUGAGACGUUUUCCCCUGAACUGCUGGAAAGCAAAUCGGAAGUUGUUGAGUGUGUUGUUGAGCAGCUGGAACACAUGGAGGAGAACCUGAAACGUGCCAAGAGAGGGGAUCUUAAGGUCAGCAUUCACCGCAUGGAGGUAGAGAGGAUCCGUUACGUCCUCAGCAGCUACUUGCGCUGCCGGCUCCGGAAGAUAGAGAAAUAUUUUCCCCAUGUCCUGGAGAAGGAGAAGACUCGGGCAGAGGGGGAGCCAUCCAUCCUGUCUCCAGAAGAGUUCGCUUUUGCCAAAGAGUACAUGGCAAACACUGAGGCCCACCUCAGAAAUACAGCUUUGAAGCACAUGCCCCCUAACCUGCAGAAGGUGGAUCUCCUGAAGGCUGUUCCCAAACCAAACCUGGACUCCUUUGUGUUCCUGCGCGUGAAGGAGAGACAAGAGAAUAUCCUGGUGGAGCCGGAGACUGAUGAGCAGAGAGAAUAUGUGAUUGACUUAGAUGAAGACUCGCAGCAUCUUAUCCGGUACAAAACCAUCGCUCCCUUGGUGGCUUCAGGGGCCGUGCAACUCAUCUAGGCCAUGGAACAGAGCUGCCCCAGGCUUUUCUUUCCAAACGUCAAACGGCCGGAUUUAUCCUACAUCACUGCGAGCUGUUUGAGAAUCAUCCUGCCUGCAUUGGGAAAACCUGCCUGGAAGAAUGUGCCUGCCUGACAGUAACGGGGUGGGGUGGGGUUGUCCCCUGAGAAAGGCUUUUGGGUGUGGAAAAAAGACUCUCUCUCUCUCUCUCUCUCUCACACACACACACACACAUACACACGUCUUGACUGCACAAAGAGCCUAUCUGCUGCAUGACCAGUAGAUGGCGGUGAGCCGAUUCUGGACACUGUGGCCAAGUUCUAACAUGAUGGAAUUAAAAUACGUUGCCUGGGACGUGUAAAGAAAUUGUCUCCACCCAUCCAGAUGGGUGGGACUGCAACACCCAUAAUCCCUAACCAGUGUGGGGGUGAUGGGAGUUGCAGUCCCCCACACCAGGACGGUGCUCUAAAGGAUAUACUGGCGAACAUGGGUGUGAACGUCAUGUUGGACCCAUCAGGCAGAGAGACUCACGGUUUCCUUGCAGAUGGUGUAAAGCGCUUUCGUUCGGAACCACUUUGGGGCAGGGGACGUCCGCUGUUUGUGAUGCUGUCGCCGGUGUUAAAGUGGAUUUGGAUGGGGUUCGAUCUUGCUGUUGAGAAAGGCUUGAAACGUGGUACAACAUCUCAGCCCGAUGAACUCAGGCGCUGCAGUUCUUUGAGCAUCUGGACCACAUUUGGAUGGGCUCAUCAAAGACACUCGAAUCUACAGGAAAUAGCAGCUACCUCUUACAGGGCGAAAAACAAUGUUUGGAAUAUGUGCAGGCAUUAAAUCGCAGGCCCUGUGUCGUGCCAGCGCUCCUCGUUUCGCUUUGUGUCAAGAGUGCGCUCUACCACGCCGUUCUUUAUGUACCGCCCUUGCGCCCUGAUCGCAUGGCGGGCCCUUUCCUUGUACUUACUAUGGGUUGUAGCAAGGAAUGUACGGAUUGUGUAAAGUUUGUUCCAUCUGGAUUUAGCGAAUUGUUGGGUGCCUUUCCGUCUC